AUGGCUUCGGUCACCAAGCUAUGCGAGUAUUGCUCGCUGAUCGACUUUGGCUACCUUCGCAAUCCUACUGCCGCGGAAAUUGACUCUCUCAACGCUGGCGGAAGGCCUACUGAGGAUCGAUUCCCCCUCAAGUUUGGCCAGCCUAUCGACGGCGACCCGAGUUGGACCUUGGGUCGCACGAGCCGAAUUCGUGCCUCGGCGGCCACCUGUGUCUUUUGCGAAGCUGUCAAAGACGUUCUGGAUCAGUACAAUGAUGAGCUUAGAAAAUUGGCUGGUGUUGGCUUGACCGAUCCCUUGUGCUAUGCUACAUGUGACAUUGCCGGGGCCUUACAACCUCCAAAGGGCACUAUUUGGGAAGGAGCUCAGCCCGGAGAGGCGAAUCCGGAGUUUAUCAUGAGACGUUUGGCAAUUUACUUCAUUCCUUUCGGCGAGAACAGCAAAAAUGGACUAAAUCCUGGACGCGUGGGCUUCAAGGAGGCGUCUUGGAAGCGGAUAUUUCACUGCUUCCAGACGUACGAUGUCGCAAGAUCGCAGGAUUCCUUCAACGCGAGAACCUUCUUUGGAGGCACUCAUAAUCCAAGCGACAUUCUCUUUGCGGGGAGAACCAGGCCAUCCAAGGUGGACAUGCGUCUUCCGAUUCAAUGGGUUAAACAUUGCAAGGAAAACCACACCUCAUCGUAUGUAGAAACGAUGGGAAUUGUGGAACGCACAGACGUGCUACUCAAAGAUCUGAACUACAUGACUUUGAGCUACGUGUGGGGUAAAACCCCCCAGAAUGAGAUGUUAUUCGAGGGGAAUCGCAACAAGCUACGGAAAGAGAAUUCACUCAGAGGCCGCCUCUCUCGGACCAUCGAAGAUGCCUGCAAAUUCACGAAAGACAUGGGGACUCGAUACAUAUGGGUAGAUGCUCUCUGUAUUGUUUAG